AUGGACAUAGAUAAGUAUACCUUUUGUGCUUUAAGUAUACCUGGUGGAUUAAAAAGAAAAGAAAAUCGAUCCUCAAGUUCAAUGAAUGACGAGUUGACACUUUACCUUGCUAAUCAAGUUUCUCCACUAACAUCUGAUCCUUUGGAGCAGUGGGAGGAAAUCAAAAAUGUUUUCCCACUUUUCUACAGACAAGCAAGGCUUCAUUUUUCCAUUGUAGCUACAUCGGAAGUUUCGGAACCGUGUGAAAGAUAG